AUGACCAACCUCACCGUCCUCACUGGGAAGAACUACCAUAACUCUGUGCCUGAAACAUGUGAAGCUUAUGAUCAGGAGUCCAAGCAGAUCAACAAGCCCAGGCUGAUGGUUUCUGCCAUGGUAAUUGCUGGCAUCUCCAACAUCCAGUCUGGCUAUGAGAUUCCCCCAGCUGUCGCACAUAAUCCCUAUGUGCCCCUGGGCUGUAACAACCUAUGGCAAAUAGGAUGGCACCCAAGGCCUCAGAAUCAGAUUCCACAGGGUAUAGACAAUUGGUUCAGAGUGCAUGUGUUUUCUUUCCCUCCGGCUCUGGCACUUCUGCUGAAUGUUCAGCUAGGUUCUGCUUACCAGCUGACAUGCUACUUCACUAACUGGGUCCAGUAAGGGCAAGGCCUGGGGUGCUUUAAGCCUGAUGACAUUGACCCCUGUCUAUGUACUCACCUGAUCUAUGCCUUUGCUGGGAUGCAGAGCAACGAGAUCACCGCCACUGAAUGGGACGAUGUGACUUUUUACCAAGCUUUCAAUGGCCUGAAAAACAAGAACAGCCAGCUUAAAACUCUCCUGGCCAUUGGAGGCCGGAACUUUGGAAGUGCCCAUGAAGUCUUCUCUGGGAGAGCCGGCUUCACUGCCAUGGUUUCCACGCCUGAGAACUGCCAGACUUUCAUGGCCUCAGUCAUCAGAUUCCUGUGCCAGUAUGAGUUUGAUGGGCUGGACUUUGACUGGGAGUACCCUGGCUCUUGUGCGAGCUCUCCUCAGGACAAACAUCUCUUCGCCAUCCUAGUGCAGGAAAUGCGUGAAGCUUUUGAGCAGGAGGCCAAGCAGAUCAACAAGCCCAGGCUAAUGAUCACUGCUGCAGUAGCUGCUGGCAUCUCCAACAUCCAGUCCAGCUAUGAGAUCCCCCAGCUGGCCCAGUACCUGGACUAUAUCCACAUCAUGACCUAUGACCUCCAUGGCUCCUGGGAGGGCUACACUGGAGAGAACAGCUCCCUGUACAAAUACGAGACUGACACUGGCAGCAACGCCUACCUCAGUGUGGAUCACAUCAUGAACUACUGGAAGGACAAUGGGGUCCCAGCCGAGAAGCUCAUCGUUGGAUCCCCCACCUAUGGCCACACCUUCGUCCUGAGUGACUCCUGCAACACUGGGGUUGGUGCCCCCACCUCUGGCGCUGGUCCUAGGCCCUACACCAGGCAGGCUGGGUUCUGGGCCUACUAUGAGAUCUGUACCUUCCUGAAAAAUGGAGCCACUCAGGCAUGGGAUGUUCCUCAGGGUGUGCCCUACGCCUAUCAGGGCAACGAGUGGGUUGGUUAUGAUGAUGUCAAGAGCUUCUGUCUCAAGGCUCAGUGGCUUAAGGAGAACAAUUUUGGAGGUGCCAUGGUCUGGGCCAUUGACCUGGAUGACUUCACAGGCACUUUCUGCAACCAGGGCAAGUUCCCCCUGAUCGACACCCUGAAGAAAGCUCUUGGGCUGCAGAGUGCAAGUUGCACUGCCCCUGCUCAGCCCGUGGAACCCAUAACUCCUACUCCCAGGAGCUGAAGUGGAGGCGGAAGUGGGAGCGGAAGUGGGAGCGAGCCCAGCUCUGGAAGCAGCUCUGGGGGCAGUUCUGGGGGCAGUGGAUUCUGUGCCAGAAAAGCCAACGGCCUCUACCCUGUGGCGAAUAACAGAAAUGCCUUCUGGCACUGCCUGAAUGGAGUCAGGUACCAGCAGAACUGCCAGGCCAGGCAUGUCUUUGACACCAGCUGUGAUUGCUGCAACUGGGCAUAAACCUGACCUGUCUCCAUUCCCGGGUCUCCUUCGCUUAGUACAUCUUGCUCCUACCUAGAGUUCUGCAAUAAAAGCUGUCAGUCAAAACAUGAGCCUUGGGGUGCCUGGGUGGCUCAGUCAU